AUGGCGACAGUUCUGCUCGCUACUGUUCUUUUCGCUAUUUUCAGCGAUUCGCACGAAAUCUGGUGCUUUGUAGGUGAAACGAAGAAUAACGUUACAGAAGUGUGGGAACAUGAAGACAGCCAAGGGCGUUUCUGCUACAGGAUAACCACCAAAGAUAAGGAUUACAUAUACUACAGGUUCGAUGAAGGAUUCUGCGAGGAAGUUGGGUGCUAUUUGGACAAGGAUGGUGAUGAAUAUUGCUGCUGCAAUAUAGAUUUCUGCAAUUAUAACUUCACAAUGAUCACUACUACUAUCUCCACUCAUAAGCCUUCGACUUUAUUUACUGACGUGUCGUCUCGCAGCUCUAAAGCACCUACACCAGCCCUAUCUACACAUCCUUCCUCUCCCCCGGCUUCAUCAACCACUCUUUCAGCAUCGCAAUCUGUAUUCGACUUUUACUUUUUCAUUAUACAGAGUGUUCUUAUCAUUUUGUACAACAUAGCAGCAUGCACCAUCUAGAAUGCACGCAUGAGUAAAUUACUUUAAGCCCGGUUUUCUUAAGCCGGUAAAUUUUAGAGGUUUUGUUGAAAAGGUACAAAGGUAUGUGAAAUCUUCUCCAAUCCAGUGAUAACCCUCUGUGUGUUUACUUUGUUCAAGAUGAGUCCAACUAAGAAUCGUUGUUUAUUAUAAGUCACUGUAUUCGAAAUUUCAUUAAAAUUUGAGAAAGUAAUGGUUUGUUUCUUUAUGUCAAGCAGAUGCCCUUCGAUAAAGAUUGCU